UAGUAAUUGAUUAGGAAGUUCUGCAUGUGGGUGAUUCACGUGCUGGGCACUUCGAGGCCGGGUAUAAAAGUGCUUGACCUCACAUCUCGCACCAUCACUUCUCUUGUCUCACGCUCUGGUGUGGUAGCCCCACAGAUCCCCACCCCAGCCAUGGUUCGCUCCCUGAGCCCCUGCACCGAGGGCAGCGCCUCCCCCUGCAACGUGGCCGUGCCCCAGCCCGUGGCCGACUCCUGCAACGAGCCCUGUGUCCGGCAGUGCCCUGACUCCACGGUGGUCAUUUACCCUCCUCCCGUGGUGGUCACCUUCCCCGGGCCCAUCCUCAGCACCUUCCCCCAGCAGAGCACCGUGGGCUCCGUGGGAGUCCCCGAAGUCGGAGCUGGCGUUGGGGGCAGCGCCGGAGCUGGUGUUGGAGCUGGUGUCGGAGGUGGUUUUGGUGCUGCCCGAACCCCUGGAGCUUCCCAAGUUUAUGGUGGGGCCAGGUGGGGCCGGGGGUACCCGGUGGGCAGCUGCAGACCCUGCUGCUAAGGCCAGGAUGUGGCCGCUGGACGAGAGUGACCGGCACGCUCCACGGCCGAGCACGGCACUCAGGGAGAGCUGAGCAUUUGGGGUGGAAUUAAAACCAUCUGUGGAUGUUUGAAGGCCUCAAAAAUCCAUUUCCAUCCUUCUGCCCUUCCUGGUUUUCCUUCUCUAAAGCUUUCCUCUCUUUCCAAGCACUCUGUUCUCAAAGCUACGGGCUGUUCCUGGUUCCUUGGGGGCUUGUUGGGAUCUUUUUUGCUUGCAGUAGGUUUAGAUUAGGGAGAAAUUAGGAUUUUAGAUUUUAGGGAGAAAUUAGAAGGGAAUUCUUUCUUGUGAGGACCUGGCACAGGUUGCCCAGGGAAGCUGUGGCCGCCUCAUCCCUCUGGAAGUUUCCAAGACCAGGCUGGAAGGGGCUUGGAGCAACCUGGGAUAGUGGAAGGUUCCCUGCCCAUGGCAGGGGUGGGACUGAAUCACCUUUAAAGUCCCACCCAAACCAUUCUGUGCUUCUGUGACUGUGGCAAUGUCAAGGAUCUGGUCCGAGACCCCCUUCAGAUCCAUUUCUAAGCUCUUUCCAUGGCUACUGAUGGAUAAAAAUGGUUCUGCAGCUCCCCAGCCCCUGCUCUGCUGCCCUGCUGUGUGACCAGGGCUGGCCAUCACCACAGGAGGAGCGGCCCCAGACAUUCCCUGAGUCACCCCACAUCAAACCACGCCUUGUGGGCAAUUUGUAACCUGUGCUGUGUCUCACCUGUUCUUCCUCAUUAAAGCAGAUGUUGCAGCAGGUGAA